AUGAAAUUAUUUGAAGGUCAAGAAUAACCAAAACUUAAAUUAAAAAUAAAUAAGCAGUUUGCUGAAAAGUAUUAAAAGAAAAAGGAGCGGGAACUCUUAGAUAAGAAAGGAGAGAUUCUAGACUAGGAAGAAAGCAGUGAAGACUAAAUUCCAGAAGAUGAGAAUGGAGAUUUGAUUAAUGAUAAAGUAACCCAAAAAUUUAUUGAAACUCUUGCCAAAAUAAGAUACAAGCAUCCCGAUAUUUAUUAGAAUAAAGAGAUAUUUUAAGAGGAGGAUUUUGACGAACCUAAUAUAAGAAACAAGGAUUAAAAGAAGGUUACAUAUGCUGAUCUCUAAGGAUAAGGAAUAGAAAAUGAAGAAGAGGAAUUGGAAGAGGAAGAAUAUGAGCCAAAUAUUGGAUUGACUCCAAAUGAGGAAUAAAUACGAUUGAAAAAUGCUUUUAUUAAUGCAGCAAAAAAUUCAGGCAAAUAACAAAAGGAUUUAUUGAAGGUAAAGUAGAAAACAGUUAAAGAAAUUGAAGAUGAGAACAAAGAGUUUGAGAAGUUAUUAAAAAAGUAGAAACCUGAAGAGACGGAUAUUUUAUAAAGGUAUUGGGGAAAUGAAGAAGACUUGGAUGAAAAAGAUAAAUUCCUUAGAAAAUAUAUAUUGACAAAAGGAUGGAUUGAUAGAGAUGAUGUGAAUGAAAUUAUAGAUUCAUCUGAGGAUGAGGAAAGAAUGGAUGAAUUUGAAGAGAAAUAUAAUUUUAGAUUUGAAGAAGAGGGAGGAAAUUAAUUGAUCACUUAUGAAAGAGAUCUAAAGGAUACUUUGAGAUAGGAACCAGAAACUGCAAGACAUAGAUAGAGAUUAGCAAAGGCUUAGAGAGAGUAGGAAUAAAAACAAUAAUUGGAAAAAGAAUUAAAGUAAUUGAAGGCAGCAAAAAAGAAUGAAAUUAUUUAGAAGUUGUAGAAGAUAUAAUAGAUAGGAGGUGUUAAGGAUGCUAAGUUAUUAUUAGAAGAAAUUGAUAAGAAAGAUUUUUAGCCAGAAGAGUUUGAUAAAAAGAUGGAGAAGAUAUUUGAUGAGGAGUAUUUUGAAGAUGAAGAUGAAUCUCCUGAAGAAUUGGAAGAAAAUCAAGAGGAGCAAGGCUAAGAGGGAGAAAAAAAUGACCAAGGACUUGAUGUAGAUAAUGUUAUAAAGAUUAAGCCUACAAUUCCAAUUAUUAUGAAAAAAAACUUGAAUUAAGAGUAAUUAGUAUAUUUAUAUUCAUAGAGAAAUGGAUGCAUUAAAAGAUGAAGAUGUAACAAUUUGGUGGUUUUGUGAUGCUUGUAAAUAAACUAUUGAACCAAAUCAUUUCAGAUGGGAUUGCCAAAUUUGUGAGGAUUAUACUCUUUGUGAGAAUUGUAAUAAAGAACAUCCUUAACAUAAAUUAAAAAAGUCUCUUGUUCCAAAAAGUUGUAAACCUCCUCAAGCAGAGGAGGCUGAAUAAUUAAUUAGCUAAUUUAAGUAUUGUAGAGCAUGCCAAAUUAAAAUGACAGAUGAAAACGAUUAUUAUAAAAGUAAGAAAGAUUAUUUGUGUGUGGAUUGCUUUGAGAAGGACAAGAAUUAAAAUAGAUAUACAUUGGUAGAGGCGUAGGUCGUAGAUGUGAAUAAAUUACUUGAUGAAAAUCCUGAGUAGUUGAGAGAGAAGCUGCCUUCUAAUAUGAAGAACAUUAUUGAUGAAUACUAUAGUUUAGAUUUCGAAGAUAUCAUAGCAGGAGGAAUCAAGACUAAGUUUCAGUAUAUUGAUGUUGAAAAGUAAGAUUUUGGUUUGACUAACGAUGACUUGCUUUAUGCAGACGAUAAGCUAUUGAAUUAAUAUGUUUCAAUAAAGAAAUUGGCUCCUUACAGAGAUGGUUCAAUUAAAAUUAAAAAGAAUAAGGCUGAAAAAUUACUAGCUCAAAUUAGGAAGACUACGAAGAGAAAUAAAAAAUUGAUUCUCAAGGGGGUUGAUCCAAGAGAAUUUUAGAAGUAGAAAUAGGAAGAAGAAUAAUAAGAAUAGAAAUAAAAAGUUUAAUUAGAAGUGGAAGACGUUGUAGAAAAUACAACCCUGUAGGUCAAUUCUAAGAGACUUAAGACAUAUGGAGUGUGA